AUGGAAACGCGUCGUAGACGACAUGAUGAGGAUCAAGAGCGGCGGCACGCUUCGCCACCGCGUCGCGUGAGAGGUAGGCCGCGACGCGAUCAUGUUCAUCGUGAAGAAACGGAUCGAUUAACUCCUCCUCCUUCGCCACCGCCUCCGCCUCCUCCUUCUCCGACGCCUCCGCUACCUUCUCCACCUUCCUCGCCGGAGCAGCACAGGACGCCGGUGAAUUCACCUCCGGCUUCGGGAGAAGAGACUCAAGCACCUCAGGCACCAAUCUCGAGUCAAGAUUGGUGGCGCUUGAUUCGAAGUGUCGAUGACAUACGCCAACGAAAUGAUUACUUACAAGAACAACUGGAGUACUAUCGUUUCGAGCAGCAGGACGAUGGGGAGCGCGAGGCAGAGGCUGUGGCUGAGUUCGAGCCGUUCUUGGCGGCAGUAAGGGAAGUUGCAAUUCCGGAUAAUAUGAAGAAUAUUGUCCUCGAGACAUACAGUGGGAAGGCUGAUCCCAAGGAGCACCUGCUAUAUUUUAACACGAAGAUGGUAAUCACUGUCGUUUCCGAUGCUGUAAAGUGCAGGAUGUUUCCGGCUACAUACAAGGGAACUGCCAUGGCAUGGUUCACAACCCUACCCCGAGGAUCAAUCAUGAAUUUCCGUGACUUCUCAUCCAAGUUCCUCGUCCAAUUUUCGGCAAGUAAAACCAAGCAAGUGACAAUUGAGGAUUUGUACAAUGUGCGCCAGUUCGAGAGCGAGACUCUGAAGCAGUAUGUGAAACGAUUUAGCGCUGCGUCGGUGAAGAUUGAAGAGUCAGAGCCAAAUGCCUGCGCCCGUGCCUUUAAGAACGGUUUGCAGCCUGGAAAACUGAAUAGCAAAUUAAGUCGCAAGCCCGCCCGGUCAAUGGCGGAGAUUCGAGCGCGGGCAAACACCUACAUACUUGACGAGGAGGAUGUUAAGCGAAGGCGCGCGAAGGUAGAGAAAGAUGGCGAUCAGAGGGAUGCAUAG